CAACUUCUACCAAAAUGGCCAACGCGUCUCAGAAGAAAAUUGCCGCUCAAAAUGUGCGUAUGUUACGUUUUAUGCGUUACUGCUCUAUAGUAGUCAACGGUUUGUUUAUUGUGUUGCGUUUUUUCGUUAGAAGUAAGCUUUCUAAAAAGUCCACGGCAUUGUUUUUGUUGGUGUCCGGAAGUGCUGCUCUCCUCCACGCCCAGUUAUCAAAGCUUUCUACCCCGGUUUACAACGAGCACGGUGCGCUCGUUAAGGUGGGCCAAGACUUGACUGCACCUGGUUUGACUUCAUACUUGCUGGCCUACAUUGCGUUCUGUUGGUUCAUUGUGUUGGCUGUGGCACUAACCACCACAAAAGCUUUUCUUCUGUUUCUCGCUAUUCCUGGCUUCAUUGUAUACAAAGGCUUUCCUCUGUUGAAAACCGUUUUGGGUCAACUCAAGGGAUUCGCUGCCCAGCAAUCCUCCGGCGCAGACACCACAGAGCCUGCAGGCGAACCUCAGCUUUCGAAACGCCAGCAAAAGCUUCGUAAGAGAGCUCAAAAAUUCCAACGCUAGAUCUAAACAAAAAGCACGUGCUCGCCAAGAUAACUCUAAUUACAAAGGCUAACAAAAUGUACAAAAGCAACAUUUCGCAAUUGUCCUAAAUUCACUCAUAGUUAAAAGUUAACGGGGAACCGCUCAUUCAUUAUUAAUACAAAAACAUUGAUGGGGAGAGGAA